GGCCGCUAGAUGGCAGACGUUCACGACACCAGCCGUUACUCUACGGUUUGUUUACACUCGUCACAAUGGCGACCAUCUCUGAACUGAAGAACGCCGUGAGGGAGACGCUGGAGUCCCGCGGUGUACUGGGCCAGCUGAGGGCUCGGAUCCGAGCGGAGGUGUUCAGCGCCCUGGAUGAGCGGCGUGACGCCCGGCCAUCGCUGUCCCGGGAAAACCUGCUCAUAAACGAGCUCAUCCGGGAGUACCUGGAGUUCAACAAGUACAGGAACACGGCGUCAGUGCUUACAGCAGAGUCGGGCCAACCUGAAAUUCCCUUGGACCGGCAGUUUUUGGCCACCGAGCUGAGAGUCUCAGAGGAUACAAGCUCCAAGUCUGUACCUCUUCUUUAUGGACUGGUUUCUCACUUCCUGAACAGCAGCGACAGCAGAGGGAAAGUUUUGCUGCGAGGCACUGCUGUAAGCAUCUCAGCUCCUGGACACGAUUCCUGACACGUUUACGCCACGCAGCGCGUCUCCUGUGAUGCUCGUGGACUGAAAGGACGCUUUGACUCUCCAAUGAAUGUCUAAAACCCCGGGGGGAGAAACAGUCUUUGUAUAGCUUUUUUUAUAAGUUGUCAAAAUGUUUUUUUUUUUUUGUUUUUUUUACUUUAUAC